AGGGAAACUGAAGCACCAGCAGAAAGAGAUGGGGAUAGAGAAAGAGGUUUGAGCUGACGAUUUACCUGGAUAGGAUGGACGCUUCUACUGAGCACUGUUAUUCUUAAGAGCAACUAUAUUGACACGUGACAUCAUAGAGUCUGUCCGCCUUCACCUUCACUUGUACUACUACUACUACCAUGAUCUGGGAAUUCUAUUACCCUGAUGACUUUGACUCGACUAGUACAGAUACGACAGCCUCGACGCCCCCGUCUUUCUGCAACUCUGAGGGUGAGGGUGAGGGUGAGGACGCUCAGAGUCGACCCCGCGAUAAGAUCACUUUUAUCGACGAAACUGCCUGCUUUCUCUCCGAUCUGUCUACCUAUUCUCACACUGAUAGACGCCCGCGUCGUUCUGCCUCGUUAUCUCGGGUCAGCGAGCCCUCGGUUCACGACGAGGAUUUGCCGGAAUCUGAGUCCUCGCCCAGCAGCAAGGGCGGGGCUUCCUACGAACCUCACUUCCCCCCUGUUGUAAUUCCGUUGCCGAAGAAAUGCAAACGUCUUGAACCUCGCCUCAUCAUGUCCUCGGCUUCGUCCGAUUCCUUUCACAAAACUAUACAUCAGCCAACAUUACCUGAGAAUGAACGAAUACUUAUCAAGACAGAACGUCAAGAGAUAUCUUGUCGCCAUACUACCUCCGAGUUUAUCUAUCGUAGAGAGGUUCCUUUACGCGCUCGCGGGCGCAAUGUUCCUAGCACGUCUUUUGACGAUGAAACUCUGGCUUCCUCUCAGACUUUGCCAUCUAUCCCUUUUGGCAUCGUGGCCCCAAAAGCCCAGCUUUCCGAUUCAAGUCGCCGUUACAUCUGUACGUUUGAAGGCUGCGGGAAGCGCUUUAUUCGGGGACAACAUCUGAAGAGACACGUCAAAGGCGUUCAUCUUCGUGAGAGGCGCACGAACUUUAUCUUUACCUUGUCUUUCGACGCGCGUCCCUCACAUUUACGUUCUACAGCUUAUCGCUGCCCGUAUGAUGGAUGCAAGCAGACUUUUACGCGAAAAGAUAAUCUGAAACAGCACAUUCUUGUAUGUUACAGUCGUCCGAGACCUGGUAUAAAGACAGAAAAGAUAUAGAUAACAAUCUCUUAUUAUUUCUUAUGCUGUCCGGCCGGCCACUUGGGAAGAGAAAGAAGAAAAUACAUUGGGAAGCAAUAAGAGAUAAGAUAAG